AGAUUUUUCGAGUUUGUUGUGUAUUCGCUUUUCUAGCCCCUGUAUUCGCUGAAUGGUCUCAGUGGAGUGUUUGGGAUCAAUGUUCAGUGACCUGUGGUGGCGGAACUCAAUCUAAAACAAGGACCUGUACAGGGACCUGCACAGGAGAUGAUACAAAAACGCGAACCUGUAUGACGGUAGAUUGUCCGUUGGAAAUAAAUUAUGAACACAUGGGAUGCUUUAAGUUCACAACUGAAGUGAUUUCUUUGGAGGAUACAGGGAACCCAUAUGUGGACCCAGACGACGCAGCUAGAGGAUGUGCGAGGGCGGCAUAUUUUGAAGACAAAGAUUUUUUCGUUUUCAAAAACAACGGCGAAUGUCAUGCAGCGUCCGUGACAUCUGACUACGAUAACGCUGGCGCAUCGAGUGGAUGCAGAUACGGAUUAGGAACUGCUCAACGCAUGGAUGUAUACAAAAUCAUAGAUUGGGAAUGUCCAGACAACACAGCAUACGGUGGAUUUUGCAUGAUGCCUCGAGUUCGAACACCAGUAGACAGAGGUGUUUGUACAACUCUCCACUAUUGUCACGAAGUUAGCGGCACAACAAUCAACCCCGUUGCAAUCUGUUGUCCAAAACAGUUCUGUAAAGACCAUUGUGGAGAAAAACUCGUCCAACGAGACUGUUGGUGUGACGCUCAGUGUAUAUUGUUUGGCGACUGCUGCACUGAGUACAUGGAUGACUGCUCAGGUAAAGACAGAUGCAAAGCUAUCGGCGACCCGCAUUACACGAGUUUUGACAACAAGUACUUCCACUACCAAGGAAAAUGUGAAUACACAUUUCUCAGCAGCAAAUGCCCAUUUGAAAUGUUUCCGUUAGAAAUUAUUGUGAAGAAUCACGAUUGGCCUCGGGCACCGAGUGGCGUGACCACGACAAAGCAGGUCAGAGUGUUGGUCGAUGACUUGGAUAUACUGUUGAUGCAAGGAAACCAACUGCAGAUCGGCGGUGCCACUGUAGCCCCACCUGUCAACCCUUCUGACACCGUGAGCAUUACAAUAUCCGGAAUUUACCUGCUUGUUACAACUGGUUAUGGAGUUAAUAUAUUUUUUGAUGGAAAGCACAGCCUUCUUGUUGAUGUAUCGAAUGCACACCAAGGAAGAUUAUGCGGUCUUUGUGGUAACUUUAAUGGUGAUAUUGCCGACGAUUUUAAGAUGCCCGAUGGCACUACGAUUAAAUACGAUAAUGACUAUGCGCAAAUGAUCCAGUUUUCUACUCCGUAUUCACAACAGACAGGAAACGUUAACACCUUUGGAAACAGCUGGAUAAUACCUGGAGCAGAUUGUAACGCUGGUAAGCGAUCCGUGAGCGAAGUACUGCCUCGUGGGACAGAAGAAGAGGCAAACCAGCUUUGCGAUGAAUUAUUCAACACAGGGAAUAUACCUAACUGUAUGGGAGCAGUUGACCCAACUGACCAUCAUGUAUCCUGUGUGAUGGACGUCAUGUUCUCUCUUCCUGAUAUCACUGAGGGAUGUUCUAUAAUUGCUGACUAUGUAUCACUAUGUAAUGCUGCUGGCAUCCACAUCGGGGACUGGCGAUUAGGAACCCAGUGUGAGAUCGAUUGUCCAGUAGAAGGCAUGGUUUAUACAACAUGUGGUCCACUUUGCCCAGCGACAUGUUUGGAUCCCCAUCCAUUAGGUUCAUGUACUGAACAGUGUAUUGAGGGGUGUUUUUGUGGGGAAGGACUUGUUUUAGAUGAAGGUGGAAUAUGUAUCGAAGAAUCUGCGUGCGGUUGCUACUAUUUGGAGGCGCUGUUCAGGUUGCAUGAAGUGAUGCCUAACGAGAAGACAUGUUGUUGUGAAGAAGACAAGCUAUGUGUUGGUGAACGUUAUUUUGAAGUCAAUACAGACAAAGUAACUUGGUCUAUGGCAAGAGACACUUGUGAAGCGAGAGGAGGAAUGCUAGCCAAGCUGAAUACAGAAAUGACCGAUACCCAAGUGAGGAGAAAUAUAGAGCAAAAUAAUCUUGGUGCUGGUAUUUCAACUGGUUUUUGGUUUGGUUUGAAUGACGGUGAAAAUGAAGGGUCGUUUAUCUGGAGCGAUGGGACAUCGCUGAAUAAUGGCGACUACAGUAAUUGGGCGAGAAGACAACCAAACAACAAUAUGAAAAACAGCCCAACAGGACAAGACUGUGCACAAUUAUGGAAAAAAGUUGGUUAUAAAUGGGACGAUAAUAAUUGUGAUAACUUGGCUGGAUAUGUAUGCGAAUACAGUUUUGCCACAGCAUGUCCAUAAUCGCUCUAUACUGACCAGUACGUGAUAUAUCAAACAAAGAAAUGAACAUAAUCGUUAGUAUUUCGGCGCAUGCGUACUUGUAGUAUUAUUUUAAACAGCUUGCUUCACGUAAUCUAUAUUACCGUUUGCAUGUAACUGUUAAUAUUCUGAAUGAUACUUAUAUUAAAUGUCUUUAACUCA